AUGGCAGGAAACGUGCCCGUCACACAGUCGCUCGACGACAUCUACCCUCAGGACGCCCUCGACAUCCAGCGCAAGAGAUGGAGCAAGCUGCUGUCAUCGUUCAAGGACGCCUAUGGCCGCCCCGCCGAGUUCGUGUCACGCAGCCCCGGUCGCGUCAACCUGAUCGGUGAACACAUCGACUACUCGCUGUACGAGGUCAUCCCCAUGGCCGUGACAGCCGAUGUCUUGCUCGCCGUCGCCGUCUCUCCCGCCAAUGGCACUCCCACCGUCCGCAUUGCCAACGUUCAGUCUGACAAGUUCGCUACCCGCUCCUUCACCCUUGCCCAAGACGGAGGCGUCGACAUUGACGCAAAGUCGCAUGAGUGGACCAACUACUUCAAGUCGGGCCUGCGCGGUGCUACUGAGCUGCUCAAGAAACACGCCGUCAAGGGCAUUGGCCAACUGAACAUCGACAUCCUGGCCGACGGUACCGUCCCUGCCGGAGGCGGUCUGUCUAGCAGUGCCGCCUUUGUCUGCGCCAGUGCUUUGGCUGUCAUGAGAGCCCACGGCCAAGAGACGGUCGACAAGAAAGAGCUGGUCGAGCUGGCUGUUGUUUCCGAGAGAGCCGUCGGUGUCAACUCCGGUGGUAUGGACCAGGCUGCCUCGGUCUUCUCCCAGAGAGGCUCUGCCCUCUAUGUCGGUUUCCAGCCCGAGCUCUCUGCUCGCACCAUCGAGUUCCCUCAGACCCACACCCCUUUGACCUUUGUCAUUGCUCAAUCCUUUGUUGCUGCCGACAAGCACGUCACCGCCCCCGUCUGCUACAACCUCCGUGUUGUCGAAUGCACUCUGGCUGCUCGCGUCCUGGCCAACAUCUGUGGCCUGAAGGACCUCCCAGAUGACUCCUCUCCUCUGGGUUUCAGUCUGCGCUCUUUCCACGACAGCUACUUCAAGAAAAAGGGUGCUGUCGGAGAUGAUGUCAAGGACUUCCGUUCUCAGCUCGAUCAGCUCGUGCACAUUGUCGACAACUACCUGCCUCAAGAAGAAGGUUACACUCGCCAACAAAUUUCGGAGCUCAUUGGUACCUCUGUCGACGAGCUGGAGAAGAGAUACAUGACCAAGUUCCCUGUACGCGCAGACACCUUCAAGCUUAGACAAAGAGCUAUGCACGUCUUUGGUGAGGCUGUGCGUGUCCUCAAGUUCAUGGACCUGCUUCAGUCGCCUACCCCAUCCAACGAGCAGGAGAGCGAGGAGCUUCUGAAGGGUCUAGGUGGUCUCUUGAACGACACACAGGAAUCAUGCCGCGACGUCUACGAGUGCUCAUGUCCCGAGCUCGAUGAGUUGUGUAAGCUCGCUCGUUCGGCUGGCGCAUACGGCAGCAGAUUGACUGGUGCUGGAUGGGGUGGCUGCAGUGUGCAUCUUGUGCCCCAGGCCAAGGUCGAGGCCGUCAAGAAGGCAUGGGAAGAAAAGUACUACAAGAAGCAUUUUCCCGACAUGGAUGCUGAAAAACUGCAAGAUGCCAUUGUCGUCAGCAAGCCCGGCAGUGGAAGCACUCUCUUCCAGGUCGCCGGCAGGGAGAGUCUGUAG